AUGGAUGACUUGCACUUUGCGAGACAGUAUUCACGGCCGGGAUCACCUACUACGCCCCCAUCACUCCUCGACUGGCUGCAGCAGCCGUCCGUCAUCAUCUGCCUUGCCGUCAUUGCCCUGACGGCCUUCUACCAGUCGCUUCACUCCUCACCCUUCGCAGACCACCGCCACCCCGGCGAGCUGCUCUGGGAUUGCAUAAUCGCCAUCACGCCCGCCUCAGUGCUGUAUACCAUCGACGACUGGCUUCACCCGCCCAUGUUUCCUGCGCCCAAGUCUCUCCGACCCCGAACAUACGUUGCGAAGAGCGAGCUCUUGAGAAAGGUACUGGGCAUGGACCAGCCAGGGGGUGGCCUCAUAGGCUCGGUCGCGAGCGCAGGCAGGAAGAGCCUGUCCACACUCUCCGGCAGCACCCUUCUCAAGCGCGACUGUAGCCAGCCCGCCGGCUUGGGGAACAUCGACUACUCCUGCUUUCAGAACAGCAUCCUACAGGGCCUGACGUCCCUCAGGCCGCUACCGACCUACCUGGAUAGCGCCAUCACGCCCAGCCCACAGAGCCAGCAGGAUUCGCCGGAAGAAAGCUCGGCCAGCUCUCUGCAACAACUGAUUGCCCAGCUGCGGGACCGUGAAAACAACGGAAAGACCCUGUGGACACCGCGCAAGCUCAAGUCACUUCACACCUGGGAACAGCAAGAUGCCCAGGAGUAUUUCUCCAAGCUGUUGGACGAGGUGGAGAAGGAGGUCGCCAAAGCCUCCAAGGAGCAGUACAAGCCGCCCGGCGUUGAGUCUGCCUUGACUCGCGACGACACAGAGAGCGAACAUAGCGAUGACAGCGGCUAUCAGUCUCUGCCAGCCUCUUCCAAGGCGGUCUCGGAGGCCAAGGUGGCUCGAAACCCGCUGGAGGGCAUGGCAGCGCAGCGAGUUGCCUGCGUGCAAUGUGGCUUUUCAGAGGGACUGUCUCUGAUCCCGUUCAAUUGCCUGACCCUGCACCUCGGCGUGGGGACGAUGCAGCAUGAUCUUUACGAACUGCUUGAUUCAUACACCCAGCUCGAGUCUAUCGAGGGCGUUGAGUGUGCCAAGUGCACGCUGCUCAAGGCGCAACGCCUGCUCAAGAUGCUGCUCGAUCGUGCCCAAGAUAAGCCCGACGAGCUGUUGCAAGAGCCCAGGGCCAGGCUGGAGGCAGUCGAGCUCGCUCUCGAGGAGGAUGAUUUUGAGGAAAAGACGUUGAGAGACAAGUGCAAGAUAUCAGGGCAACAUCGAUCCAGCUCGACAAAGACCAAACAGGUGGCCAUAGCAAGGCCGCCUCGCAGCCUGGCCAUCCACAUGAACCGAUCCGUCUUUGACGAGAAUACGGGAAACAUGUGGAAGAACUUUGCUGCCGUCCGAUUUCCCAGCACCCUCGACCUUGGCCCGUGGUGUCUGGGCAGCGCCAACCAGACAGCGCUAUCGCGUGAUCGAACACUCAGCAUCGACCAAGAAAGAAAACUUGACGAGGACGAGGAGUCGUGGGUGUCAGACCCCAAGGCGUCGAUGAUCUCGGGCGACAAAAACCCGUCCAAGAUCAGCGGACCCAUAUACGAACUACGUGCGGUCGUGACCCAUCAGGGCCAGCAUGAGAACGGGCACUACGUCUGUUACCGAAAACACCCCGGUCUAUCUCCAGACGAGAAGGAGACCACGACAAAUAAUGAUAAUGAAAACCAAUUGACAGACGAACAAAAAACCUUGGCCGAAACCACCACGGAUGACGAGAAUGUUGAACAGUGGUGGCGACUGAGUGAUGAAAGUGUAUGGAACGUGACUGAGGAAAACGUGCUGGCGCAAGGCGGCGUAUUCAUGCUGUUCUACGACUGCGUAGACCCCCACUCCGUUCUGGCAUCCGAGCAAACUCGACAAGGCUCCCCAGUCAUAGGCAAGGAUGAGAACGAUUUUGGCAUUGGCGAGGUCUCUCGUGCGCCAGUCCCCUCAGCAGAGCAGCCGCAAGAGCCAGGCUUGCCCAGGAAGGAUGAAGACCAUCAUAUGGAGGUCCGAGAGGUCGGAGAUGUCCCCAUGCAACAGCCAGUUUCACAUGGGCUGGCAACACAGAUAAAGCCAACUACUGUUGCUACCGACCUCCAGCGACGGGACGCGUUUGUGUCUUCCUUGCUGACCAGGCCAAAUUCAUCGAAUGCCCCUCUGUCUUUGGUUGCAAAAGAAGGCCCGCCCGUGCCAUCUUCUGCGCCUGUUUUGACGCCUGCAGCGGCUGCUUCAGACUCAUUUGUAUCCUCGCUGCUUGGGCGACCAAAUGCAUGA